UCAGUUCUUAACCUAAAGGCUGCGUGGAAAAGUGAGAUGGAAAGGAAGAAAAACGCCUUACAGUUAUUCAGUUUUCAAAAUUGAACUAUAAAGCCAGUAGAGUUCUGGACGUCAAACCAGGUAGACACAUCCGGGGUAGCGGAGAGCAAAACGUAAAAUAGUACGAAACGUGUGCUGAAGCCGUCGUUGCGAAAUAGUGUGAAUUUUCCGUAGAGUGUUCGGGCCAGAUAUGUAUAUCGUGAUCGAAAAAUUCCCGAAAAAAUAAUCAUGUGCUAAUCAUAGGUGUGAAUAAUUUGAAACAUUGCUGCGCUUUUUAAUCUUAUCACAUGAGCACCCCCUUCAACUUCGCGCAAAUGAUUUUCGCGAGGACACGUGCAAACGCAUUUCUAGUUCGGUUUUGUGCAAAUGUGGUGCAGAUACGCGUGACAAACAAAGCAAUGGUGCGAAUCAGAAGAUUUUUAUCCGAAGUUACAAUAAUUUCGUUACUGUCCGGAACAUGGAUGUGUAUGCUCAGUGCGUGUUUUCUGUGCGUGCAUUGUGCACCGUUGAAUCACCUUGGACAACCAUUAUUCGAAAACGCGACUUUAUGGUUGAAUCCUUGCAAUGUUCACAGCUACAGUUACAACACCAAUAAAACAAAAACUAUCACUCCAGCUCAACGGCUAGAUAAUCUUGACCGGAUCAAAAGUUCAAUUACUCGUACGAUACAAGAAAUUGAUCAAAUUACAAGUCUUUCCGGAAAUACUGAUUGGAAUACUGCUCAAAACAGAAAAAAGUACAUGUUUCUGCAACCAUACAAAAAGAAUCAAACAACUUGGGAGCCACGACUCCAAACUUAUCUGGCGUCAAUACAGGUAAUCUACCAGAAGCAGGUCGAGCUCGAAAAGGCCAAAAACAUCCACAAACACCAGUCCCCCAAACUGCAGGAACUGCGCCAAAACGCGAAAGGGCUACUCUGCGAGAUACAAGAGUACCGAAAUAACUCGAAAAUCGCUGGGGAGUUCAAAAGCUACGGAAUCUCAGUUGUGGAAAUGAACUCGAUUAUCAAAUUCGACAUGACAGAGGAGGCAAACAUGGAAUUGCAUAAGUGGUUCUUAAAGUGUCGUUUCCGAUGCUUCUUGGAGGAUAUGGAGCAGCAUAUAAACAAUUUAGUGACUAAGUUCAGCAGGGCAAAACAAAAGCCAAAACAUCCCACCACGAAAAAACCGAAAAGGAAACUGAAGAAGGGACAUAAAAAUGUAAGAAAGAAUGAGAGACCUCUCAACAACAAAUGCUGUAUUGUAAAUAAUAAGCCAACAAGACCGGCCACGCCCAGACCACCACCAAUGGAUGGCACAUACAAAGUUAAUAAAAAGAAGCUUAAUGCAAGCCAACAGUCAAAAUUAAUUAAGCCGAACCAGAAGAAAGUUCAGCGCAAAGGUAAUAAAAAUUCAGCGUAGUAAUUUCUCACGGAAAUUCUCUUGACAAAAAUUCUCACACGGUCAACUGUAGCAGUGGUUUAACUGAAAACGUGUGAAUUAUCCAGUAUUACUUAUGAAACAUUGACGUUCUAUUCUGUUAGUGCAAAUAAAAUUACUGCCUUAUGCUCGGAGUAAACGUUCAACGGAUCCUGACAAACAUUAUGAUAGGUAGAGGCAAAUAAUAAACUUAACAAUUUACAUUAGUAGUACUUAUAAACAUGUGAUUAGACGAAUGAAAUUGCUAAACUAUCAAAUUCUUUUCGUAUAAUAAUAGUAAGUAGAAUGAACUGAUCAACGAAUAAUUAUAUCAUUAUUUAUUUUACAUUAUAAUGACUUAUUACGCUGUGAUACUUGUAGAUUUUGUAAAUAGUACUAUUUAAUUUAAAAUAUUUCACACCAAAAAGUUAGGAAGAAUACUCUGUAAUGUCGCAGUAUUAUCAAUCAAUUCUGUACAAAAGACAAUAAUUAUUUAUGUAGAGAUGUAUGCUUAAUAUGACGAACAGUUCCUGAAUAGAAUAGGCAAAACCUUAUAUAGAUAUGCGAAGCACGAUACGGCAUGCGUUAGAAGUGUUAUUAAUAAUAUUUAAAUUGAUAAAUUUACAACAAAUGAUAAGAGACAGUGUUAUUGAUGAAUGUUAUAACAUAUUUUCCAGUGCUUAUUUAUUCCUCCUUAAUAAAUUAAAUUAUUACAUCCUCACAGUAUUCGCAGUAUUGCCACUGUCACAACAACGGAAGCCUGCAUAUU